AUGAAAAUGAACUUCAAAAUUCAAAACUUUAUGGAAGCGCUAUCUGUCAAGGUGAGUCAACUAGAACGGAACAACAAACAACUUGAAGAGAAGUUUAAAGAGCUUGCAGACUCUUUUAAAAAGUCGAGUAAAAAGGGGAGUGGAAGUCCUUCAAAUGAUUUAGAGAAAGACGUCGACGCGUUGUUUGAUGCGAUCGACGAGUUGAAAGAGCGAGUUGGGUAUAACGAAGACGACAUCGACAAAAUGGCUGAGAAAGUGAAGAACUUCAGUGGGUCGAAAGGGACGAAGAAAAAAGGCGAUACGAGUGAUGCAAGUGAAUUAGAAACUAUUAAAAAUGAUAUUGAGUCUCUCUUCACUGAUUCUCAAGAAGGUUUUGAAAAGAUGGAAGCACUUGAGAAAGACUUAAAAGAACUUAAAGAGAAAGGUUUGAGUGCACAUUCUAAAGACAAUGGAGCGAGUGAAGACCAAAUCAAAAAGAUGAAGAGCCAAAUUAAAGACUUACAAAAUUUGGUUGGAGACGAAGACUUCCAAGAUCUCUUCGAUCAACUUAAACUGAAAACAAAGGAAAUGGAGAAACGACUGAAAGUAAUAGAAACAACUUUAAAUUCACAAAACAAAGAAAGCACAAUAAAACAAAGUGACGCAUCAACAGACGUCGUGAAUCCAAAACUCGAGGAAUUGGAAAAGAAAGUAAAGGAGCUUGAAAGUAACACUACUAAAGUGAAGACAAUGGAAGAACAACAUGAAUUACUGAACAAAAAAGUCGAAGAAAUACAGAAGAGUGUGACUGAAGUAUCAGAGAGUCUUCAACUCCACAACAAGAAUCAUGAAAAGACUACGACGAGUGAUGUGGACGCCAAAAUUGAAGAAAUUAAAAAACAAAUUGCAGCGAUAGAAGCGGCAAAUGAGGAAUUUAAAAAGAAAGACAAUAAGGAGGACAUCAUUUCUCAAGUCGAACAUAUUGAGAGUCAAUUGAAACUCUUUGAAAUGACAAACACGAAACAAAGCGAAAUGGAAAAAACACUCGAAGAUGUCACAAACGAUGUAAAAGAAGUUAAAGUCCGCAACACAAAAGAAAACAAAUUGAAUGCGGAGAACAUCCAAAAGUUGGAAGAUAAAGUGAAAGAACUUGAAUACGAUAUUCAAAGGCAUCAACAGAGUCAAAAUCAAUUGGAACACAACCAACGCACUGCCGAGCUAGAUAACACAAAAAGUCAAGUUGAAGAAAUAACACAGAAAAUCUUACAACUUGAAACUCACAAUGAAAGUGCACAGAAAAGAGUGUUAAACACCGAGGAUAAAAUCAAAGAGAUCGAACAACGAGUUAAAGAGGUGGAAGACACAAAAGUGAGUGAAGGUCAAAUCACCAGUCUUAAAGACACCAUUUCAAAUAUUGAACAACAAAUAGAAGGACUGAAAGACAAUGAAAGUAUCAGUAAAAUAGAGAGCGGAAUCAAUGCAGUUACUAUUAAAGUCAAAGACUUGGAACAAAAUGAAAAGGCGGAGAUUGAAAAUGUCAAAGGCGAGUUGAAAGGAAUUUCUGAACUUGAAAAACGAUGCGACAAACUCGAAAAAUCGCAGGGAGAAUAUUUGAGUGUUGAAGACUUCAAAGAUUUUAAAAAGCAAUUUGACGCCGUCAAAGACAAAUUUAAAACGACAAAACACGACAAAACAAAUAGCGAAGUCAGAGAGGAGUCGAAACAACAAAUGCUUUCUGCGUGUGAACUUGCGACCAACUUUGAAGAGAUGAAAGGACAACUAGAGAGUCUUGAGAAGGAGCAAAGUACUUUUAAGACGACGUUUGGACACAAGUUUGAGUGUUAUGAAAGUGAAUUAAAAACGGUAGGAAAGAGUAACGAUGACAAAUUGACGGUGUUGAGAGAGUCGAUUGUUGAAAAAGUGAACAACUUGAAUACACGAAUUGAAGAGGUCAAAAGCGGAGUUGAUGAGAAACACGAUCGAGAUAUAAAGAACAUGGAGAACAAAAUAGAGGCAAUUGGAAAAGAGUUUCAAUGUAAUGGAAGUCAUAAACAAGACGAAGAGAAUAAAGAAAAGACUGAAGGUGUGACCAAUCAGCAAUACCAACUCUGUAUAACACAAAUUGAAGAUAUUAAAAGCCAAAUUUCUCGGUGUGAAUUACAUAACAAAGAAAUUUUGGAGGUGAAAAGUAAGACGGAUGAGGAAGUCAAAACACUUUGUGACAAAAUUAGUGUUGUCGAGAAGAAACAAAACGAUGAUAAACAAUUAACGGAAUUGAAGUCUCAAAUGGAAACUUUCACGAAGAGAAAUGACGAACUGCAAAAGGCACUUGACAAGUUCUCUGUUAAAGUCGAAAAGUCAACACGAUUGGAGUCAAUACCAAACAACGAGGAAGUUGAAAAGAUAAAGAAAACUAUAGAGACGAUGAAAGAAGAUCAAAUCAAGCUUGAGGACGAUGUCGACAACAUCAAAACGACGUUCUUGGAAAUGGCUGAUGAGCUAGAAAAGAAAAUGAACGUCAUUCAGAAGUCUGCUGAAGAAAUUAUGAAGCAACCGAAUGACUCUGACAAGUCGAAACAAGAAGAAAAGCUGAAGAGUAUAAUAAAGAGACUUUCUCUUAUUGAGAAGGGUGUCAAUGAAGUCAAAAGGUCUUCUGUCGACUUGAAGAAGUCGAAGACACCUGCUGCCGACGACAUAGAAAAGAGCGAGAAAGACUCCAAACUAAUGAACAAACUGAAGGAAGACUUCAAGACUGUCAAAGAAGUGUUGAAAGAGACCGAGAAGGAGUUAGAUGAGUUCAAGUCGAAGAUGAGUGAGUUUGAGAGCACAAUCAAUGAAGUAAAAAAGACGGUAGAGAACAAUAAGAAGGAGAGUGAGGCGAGUAUAAAAGUCGUUUUAUCUUCAAAUGAGAAAAUUGGGAAAGACAGUGAGAGUAAGAGAAAUGAAGUGAUGAAGGAGAUGGAUAAUAUGGAUACGACGCUGGAAGAAUUCAAGAAACGGAUUGAACGGCUUGAGAAAGCAAGUAACAAAGAGUGUGAGAAACGUGUGAAUGAACUUUCGGACACAGUCAAGAAGUACAGCGAGACUAUUGAAGAGAUACAAAUGAAUUGUGUUGAUAUGAAACGGAUGGACGAUGCGAUUUGGAGCGAAAUAUACCUUCACGAGUUGGAUAAAUGUGAGUACUUAGGGUUAUACUAUAACACCUUCCAUCAAUGGACUGGGAUGACUGCUCCUCGUGUGAUAUUUGAGUGUCGCAAUUUGAAGAAUUUGGAUAUCUUCCACUUGAAUAAUGCGAUUUGUGGGAAGGAGAAUAUCAUGAUAGUUAUUGUAGCAAAAGACGGAAGUGUAUUUGGGUCGUAUAACGCCGCUGUUAUACCACAACCAACUGCAAAAGCUGCUAAAAAAGAAGAAGACGGCGAGACGAUAUCGAACGACCCUAAACACUUCAUUUUCAGUUUGUGUAACCCCGCACAUACAGAACCAAAGGCUUUUUACUUGCAAGAUAACUCAAACAAAAGUCUUUGUGUGUACUCACCUAAGACUAAAGAUUUUGUGUUGUCGUGUCUUGGAUUCUUCGCAAUCAAACAAACAGGGUGUAAGAUCAACAGUCCAGAAAAGAUCUAUCCAAACGCAAACGUGAAAUUUGUGGAGGGAGACAAAUUUACUGUCGAAUUCAUUGGAGCUAUAAAAUGGGUCUAA